CUCCUUUUACUCCUGAAACAAGUGACUGUACUAGACAGUUAAAGAUCUAGUAAUUUAGUUAGCUGUAUACUUGCUUGUGUUAUUCAAUUUCUGUGAGCUACUAAUCUUACCCUGUAAGGUGCUCUACUGACUUAUAGCUUAUAGAUAAGCCUGAAGCUAUUUGAGCAACCAAACUAACAAGUCAUGAGCUCCUGCCUAAUUGUGGCCCAUUUGCUUGCUUUGACUCUAUUAUGGCAGGGAUGUUCUGCUAUCGUUAGGCCCGGGUAAGCUAGCUGUUUGGUUCAAAGUCCUAACUUAACUGGUUAAGCUUAUUUAAAUAAUAGGCCAAAUCUUAAAUUGGGCCAAAUUACUUGCUUUCACUCUGUUAUGACAGGGAUGGCUGUUAAAUGUUAAGCCCGGAUAAGCUAGCUGUUUGGUUCUAACUUAACUCGCUAUGCUUAUAUUUAACUAAUAAGGCCCAAGCUUAAAUUGGGCCAAACAGGCCCCAUUAUAAUCUAGUGCCAGUAGGCAUGUCACGUAGGCAACACGAAGCUUACUAGUAUCGUUUAGUCUUUGUUUUCGAAAUUUCUGAUGAUGUCAUGUUUUAUAAAUUUUCUCUUUGAAGUGAAUUAUGAUGGUUGUUUUGGUAUGGUUAUUGCUGAGGGUGCAAUAUACUUUUGUGUGCUAAUUUUAACUGAAGGGUGAAAGAAGCGUUACUAGAACUGCUACCUUGGAGCUGAGGGUGCAAUGUCUCAGCAAUGCCUGAAAUCCUGAUUCACUCGGUAUCAGUGACUUGCAUAAUGCACUGAAUUUUCUGUCCCAUAACUGAAGAAUUUCAGAGUUCGUUGGUAGGAUAUGAUGAUGAGCUGUAUCCUGCAGUACCUUGGGUGCGAGGCAAGGUGCAUGCUUGGACCUGAACCAGAGGGGUACCUAUAUAAAAGUAACUGCGAACAAACAUACUUGGAGACGCGUUUUGAUGGCUCCACGAGGGAAUUUACCGGGCCGAUCGUGAGCGCACGUCGAAGCUGGAGGCAGAUCCUGAUCCGCGUGAGAUGUCCACGGAGUGUUUAUCCUGCGCGUCGCCCGGCACAAGAUAUUCUUUAAGGUACGUGUGAAUAACAACCGAUUUCCCAUGUGCGUAGGAUAUGCAUGGAUGGAUGCUUCCUCUCAGUUAAUUGCAUGUCUGCAUUUGGUCCAGUAGCUUUGAGCCACGUUUACGAUGACUCGGUCUGAAGAACAUAUAUCUAUACAAUUCUACAUUGGUACCAGCUGGUUUUGUUAAGCCUGCGGCGAAUUGCUGCGUGCAACUGCUGGUGAUCUGCAUUAGUCGCUGAUAAAGCUAAAGUUUCUGUCGAUGCAAAAAUCAGAUUGCGGUGAAAACAAGAACUUAUAAUUCCCUGCGAUUUGAAGUAGUAGGGGGAUAGUUUCUUGUUUUCACUGUAACCAUUAUUGGUGCUGUGCUAGCAGUAGCAGGUACCUAAACCCUGACCAAUAUAUGUGAACCUACAUAUAGAAGAAACAUGUACUCUCGUACGACGUACGGCCGAUCAAUUAUAUAUAUACCAAGGAAAUAAUUGAAGUUACAUACCCUACAAGAACCUACACAUAUUUUUGCUUGGCUGCCUUACACAUGGGCUAGCUAUAGCUUAGCUAGCCAUGGCAAUGGAGGUUCCCCAGCAAGCUUGUUUCAUGCAUGCUAAGCCUGAAUUGAAUUGAAUACAAGCUUGUCACAACGUCAUCACCACCUAGCUCCUCCCCUUGUUUAAACUUAACUAAUGUAAACAGCAUCAACUUGGCCUUGAAUGCCACGUGAAGAGAGAGCCCGGGUGCGAAGGAGUGUAGAUUAUGUGGCACUGGAACAUGGGGGGAGGGGGUUAGCUCCACUUCUACUACUACUUAAUCACCUUACUUAGCUGAGCAUAACAAGGGAAUUAAUCAUGGGUCCACUGCUGUCUGUCUCCCUCUUAGCACUUGACCCCAUAUUCCACUGACAGCUCAAGACCUUGCUGGCUCAUUAAGCUCUGCACACUAGCGCCUACUCGAUUAAGAAACCCCUCACUCUAUAUAAGUAGCCGCAUGCUUGCACGUCUCAUGCAUUGACAGAGCUCAGCUAGCUAGCUACCUGCCAAGAGCUGCCCUGAACCCUAGCUAGUAGUAGCUCCCCGGAACACCGUCACCAGUAGCUCGGUCUCACCUAGGUAGCUAGGGAACAGUGACACAGAGCAGCUAGCUGCCUAGCCUGGCCAAUGGCGUGCAAGCGGGCCACCUCGCGGGUUCUCCGGGCGAUGUAUGACGACGAGCCCUCCUCCAUGUCCCUCGAGCUCUUCGGCUACCACGGCGUGGUCGUCGACGGCGACGAUGAGGACGACGACACCGCCACCGCCCUCCCCCAGCUCUCCUUCGUCGAUAACUUCAAAGGCGGGUGCGGGUCGGCAGCGGCGGACUACUACAGCUGGGCGUACAACGCCUCCGGUGGGACGCCGGGCGCCUCCUCCAGCUCCACCUCUUCGGUGCUCAGCUUUGAGCAUGCCGGCGGUGCCGGUCAUCAGCUGGCUUAUAACGCCGGCACAGGCGACGAUGACUGCGCGCUCUGGAUGGACGGCAUGGCCGACCAUCAGCAUGGCGCUGCCAAGUUUGGGUUCAUGAACCCAGGGUCGGCCGAUGUCGUCCCGGAAAUCCAGGAGAGCAGCAUCAAGCAGCCGGCCAAGUCUGCGCAGAAGCGCGCGAGCUCGGGCGGUGAGGCGCAAGCGGCGGCGAAGAAGCAGUGUGGAGGAGGCAGGAAGAGCAAGGCCAAAGUUGUGCCUACCAAGGACCCUCAGAGCGCCGUUGCAAAGGUCCGAAGAGAGCGCAUCAGCGAGAGGCUCAAAGUUCUGCAGGAUCUGGUGCCCAACGGCACGAAGGUGGACAUGGUCACCAUGCUCGAGAAGGCAAUCACCUAUGUCAAGUUCCUGCAGCUGCAAGUCAAGGUGUUGGCGACCGACGAGUUCUGGCCGGUGCAAGGAGGGAAGGCCCCGGAGCUCUCCCAAGUGAAGACCGCCCUGGACGCCAUCCUGUCCUCUCAGCAGCAACCCUAGGCAAUUUCAUCCAUCCAUGUUGAAUUUUAUCAAAGUUUUAGAUUGAUCGCGCCGCGUGUAAGAUCAGAAAAGAAAAGAGAGCACAAGCAGCUCUGUAAACAUUCAUACAUGGCAGUCAUGAUGGAUGAUCAUGUUUUUGUUUCACUCCUUUUAUAAGUAGAAGAUCAAAUCCCCUUGAUCCGUGUAUUGGAGUCUGAAGCUCUGAUCACUGUAACUAGUCCAAUAAAAUCCUUGACGUAGA